AUGCAGGUCAUCACGCGGCAACUGACGGAAAGUAGCAUCUUCAGGUCUCAGCCCUUGUAUAACUUGGUGGGCUCAGAGCAAACCCGGUUAUCAAUACAUUCAGCAGUUAUUGAGCAUUUUCCACGGCCGUUAAGAGAGCAUUUAGAUAUUCCCCAGAGACUACAAGGUGAAGAACCAAUCAUUGUGAAAAAUAUCGACCUCCACACUUUUGCCCUUUACUGUGACUUUCAGGUGAACGAUCAAGACUUUAAUAGACCGUUCGCGGUUGUGGUGCUAAAGUACCCUAGGGAGAGUCACACACUCUUACCUACACUCUUCAUCUACUCUUGGAUCUACAUUCAUGCAGCCAAAUAUAAAUGGGAGCCCUUAAAGUUGCUUUCCUUCCAGAAACUUCAGAAUGCUCUGGAAACGUCCCCUUUAACUGCCGCUCUUAUUGCUGAGUUGGCGCCGAUGUUCUGUUUCAUCUCUGAACAAGAGUUGGAGGCAGCCCGUAACUUGGCACGGUACGUAACAGAAAACCUCAGCUUCCGGGAUUUCGCCGAGUGGGCACAGUUCAAGGAUUAAUUAAAGCUAGAAUACCUUGCCUGCUCAUAUAAAGAUUCGGCUCGGGAUGGUUGAAUGCUGAAUAUCAACUUGGGCAGAGGGAUAUAAAGGACGCUCUAUAUCCAGAAUGCUCUUAGUUGACCAUUAACAAACUUACCUUCUCCCGUCGCAAGUUACUUCAAUACUUAUAUCAUUAUCAACAUUUUAUUAUUACGCCGC